AUGCCAUCCGAACCCUCAACAUUCUACAAACACGCAACAAUAAUCACCAUCAACCCCGCCCGAGAAGUGAUCCUUGAUGGCGGCGUUCUGGUGACUGGAUCUCGCAUCGUGGGAGUAGGAAAGACAUCCUCUUUCCCACCAUCCUUUCUCCCCCAAAACACGAAGACCAUAACCCUCAAAGGUCGCAUUCUCAUCCCAGGCCUCAUCAACACGCACUCCCACCUGGCCCAGUCCCUCCUCCGCGGUCUCGCGGAAGACCUCCCCUUACAUUCAUGGCUCUGCGACUCGAUUUGGCCGCUGGAGGCAUCUUAUGAUACAGAUGAUGGAUAUUUUGCUGCGAGGUUAACGAUUGCAGAGAUGUUGAAGAGUGGCACGACCUGCUUUUUGGAGAGUAUGCUGACGCAUCGGAGCGGAUUCGAGAAUGUCGUUCGAGCUGUGGAAGAGAGUGGUAUCCGUGCAUGCUUGGGAAAGCUCGUGAAGUUCGAGGAAAGCAACAAAGAGCUCAACAUCACCGAUCCAAGAGAUAAAGACGUGGCGUCGAUGUCCAUCUCCUCCAUGCUCGCAGCUCAUGAAAAGCACCAUGGGACAUUCAAUGGCCGCCUCCAUGUCUGGGCCGCAGCAGGUACACCGCGCGGCUCACCCCUCUCCUCGCACCUCGGAAUCGGAGAAGCCUGCAAAGUGCGCGAUAUAGGACUCACGAUGCACUGCGCAGAAGCACCGCGCGAUCUGGCCAUUUACCGCGAAAGCUACGGCCUAACACCGAUGCAAUUCUGCCACCAAGCAAAGCUGACCGGGAAAAAGACAGUCCUUGCUCACAUGGUGCACUUGGAUCUCGAAUACGACUUGCCGAUUCUGGAAGCUACAGGAACAACAGUAGCGCAUAAUCCAAACAGCAACCUCAAACUCGCAUCCGGUAUUGCAAAGGUGCCGGAGAUGCUGGAAGGAGGUAUCAACGUCUCCCUCGGCACAGACGGCGCGCCGUGCGGGAACACAUAUGAUAUGUUCCGGGAGAUGCAUUUAACGAGUAUUCUCCACAAAGGUGCGAAUCUUGAUGCGGAGUUCGUUGGGGCGGAGGCUGUGCUGGAGAUGGCGACGAUUAAUGGUGCGAGGGCGUUGGGGCUGGAAGGGGAAAUUGGCAGUAUUGAGGUGGGGAAGAAGGCGGAUUUCGUGGUUGUGAAGCCGGGGUUGAACGCGGCGCCUUGGGAUGAGGGACAAGUGGCGCUGGGGGGAUUGAAUCCCAUGACUGUAGUUGUUUAUUCGUGUUCUGGGAGUGAGGUUGAGAUGGUGGUUGUGGAUGGGGAGGUUCUGGUAAGUGAGGGGAAAUUGGUGAAGAUGGAUGAGGGGGAGGUUAUCGAGGCUGCGAAGAGGACGAUCCAAGGGAUUAGAGAGAGGUCUGGUGUCAAAGCUGUGAAUAGGAAGGGGUGGAAAUAUGUUUAG